UUCGGCUCUUUUUGAUGUAAAAGUAAAAUUGAUAGAAAUCUAAUAAAAAGAGAAGACCAAAAUUCGUACUUCACUUUAACCCUCACUUUCUCUCUCUAGAACUCGAUCCAGUGUUCAGCUUGACGGCAUCGACAAGGUAAAAAUUUAAGUACAUACGUAGUUUAUUGUUACUGAUCUGCUCGGAUUACGCUCUCGAAUAUGAAAGAACAUGAAGAUGAUGUGUUGCCUACCGUCAAGGAAUCUACUGCGACUGUCGAUUCUACUACAGCUGAUGAAACUGUAACCCUGAGAGGGAAAAUUGAGGGGCUUUUCGGUGAGAGAGAUGAAGGAGAGGAUAUGGUGGUGGAUGUUGUGGGAGCCGAUGUGGUUGUUGAUGAUCGUGGGGGUACAAGGGUUGAUUUGGAAGGUAAGGUAGGUAUUAAUGGCUUGAUGGAAGAGGGCUCUACGAGAGAAAUUCAGUCUAGUGAUAUGGAUGUGGACCAAGUUAGUGUAGUUGAAGAAGUUAGAGUUGUGACUUUAGAGAAAGUUGAGGUGGUGGUGAAUGAUGAGGGCGUGAAGACAAGUGUAGAGGUCAGUAAAGAGGUUAUUCAGGAGAAUGUGGUGACUACUGUUAUGAGUGCGAUGGAUUGUGAUGCUCAGAAGUCAAGUGAAGAGCCUGAAACUGGUGGAGGAGAAAGUGCAGUGAGGGAUAACAAUAGAGAUUCUACCAAGGAGAUUGUGGAACAGCAUACAGAAUCUACUCAAGAACUGGCCGAUGGAGACCAUGUGAUGGAUAAGACAACUGGAAAAGAAUCUGAUGUUUCAAAUUCCUUAAAAUUUCCAGAGUCAUUCACUACAACAGUGAAUCCUGGUUCACGAGAUGCUCAUGUGGCAGCUGUAAAGGAGGGGUUAUUUGGAAAAGAUGAAGGUGAAGAUGGUGUUGAUAAUCAAGUUUCAUCAACAGAGGCUAUAAAUGAAGGAAUCACUGCAGAUAAUGUCCAUGUAAGCCCUGAAAUUUUGGAGCAACAAUCUGGAGAUGACGAAAUGAGGAAAGAGAUUUUACAGCCAACAGUCGAAGUUGCAACCAACGAUGCUCAAGAUUCUGGAAAUGGAACUCAGGCAGGAGAUUCUAAUGCAGCUCUUCAGUCAUUGGGUGGAGAGGCUCAACUUGCUGGGGGAGAGGGUGAAGCAGAAAGAGGUUUAGCAGUGGAACAGGGUAUGGAAUCUGCUCAAGAAGUGGCUGAUAAGGUUUUAGAUUCAUCAAAGAUUCUGGAUUCAGCAACUAAAGUUGAUGGGUUGGUUGUAGAGGAGGGUUUAGCUGGAAAAGGUGAAGCUCAAGAUGGUGUUUCUAAGGAUCCAAGCUCAGAAUCCACUGAUAAUCCUAAUGUAGAGGAGGGUUUAACAGAGAAACAGGCUACAGAGUCUGUUCAAGAAGUUGCUGAUGUAGAUUCCACAAAGAUCCUGGAGUCAGUUUCCAAAGUUGAUAAGGUGAUUGUAGAAGAGGUUUUAGAUGGAAAAGAUAAAACUCAAGAUGUUAUUUUGAGUGGUGGAGUCAAUGCAGGAACAGGUGAAGGCAGUGUCAUUGAAAAUGCUCAGAACUCUGAAGUUACAAUGAGCAAAGAAGAGACUUCACAUUCAACAACAGAAGUUAGAAUAGAUAAUGAUCAAAAGUCUGGAAUUGAUACGACAGAUAAAAAGGAGGAAUCGGAAAGAAGUUUGGUCAAGGAGAUUGUGGAACAACCAGUGAGUUCCAUUCAAGAAGUGGUUGAUAAAGAUCAUGUGAUGGAUGAAAAGCCUGAAAAAGAGGUUGAAGUUUUAGACUUAGCAAAGGUUCAAGAGUCCUCCACCAUGGUGGUUGACCAGAAAACUGAAGUUGACCCAACACCUAAAGAUGAGAGUUUACACACAACGAUAGAAGUUAUGACAGCUGAUGCAUCUCAUAAAAGUUUAAAUGUAGCCAAUGAAGUGACAACUGCUGAAAAUUUACCAAAUCCUGAAGUGCAAGUUUCCAGUGUAGGUGGGAUUUUGGUAGAAAACCAGAUCUUGAAUGUUGAUACUGAAAUGAAGGUUUCCCAAACUUUUGAGGAAGUCAACCAUGCAACAAGUCAUGCAGAUUAUGGAGAGGAUGCGGGGAUGGACAUUGAUGAAGUUCUUGGAUGGAAAGAUGAAAUCCCAGGAAUUGAUUCUUUACAUAGUCAAGAAAAAGAUCAAGAUUUCAAGAUUCAUACAGACCCAGAAGCUAAUUUUGAACAUGGACUUUCAAAACCUUUAGUCUAUGAACACCGUGUACAGGUAAAUGAUGAUGCUGAAGAACAUACUGAUUUCUGCAGACAACAAGAAACAGAAACACUAGAAGUAGAACAGUCAACAUUGACCGAUGAUGUCAGCGAGCCACUCGACAAUGAAACUUCUGUUUCUUUCCAUCAGUCAUGUUAUUUCCACCCACCAGAAAACGAAGGUGAGUUCUCUGCUUCUGAUUUAGUCUGGGGUAAAGUCAGAAGUCAUCCAUGGUGGCCUGGUCAAAUCUUUGACCCAUCUGAUGCAUCCGAUAAAGCCAUGAAAUAUCAUAAAAAAGAUCGAUUUUUAGUCGGGUAUUUUGGAGAUCGAACAUUCGCAUGGAACGAUUCAACAGUCUUGAAACCAUUUCGUGCAAAAUUUUCCCAAAUUGAAAAACAGACAAAUUCAGAAGCUUUCAACAAUGCCCUCCAUUGUGCUUUGGAAGAAGUCUCCAGAAGGGUAGAAUUGGGACUUGCAUGUUCAUGCACGCCUCAUGACAUCUACAAGAAAAUCGAAUGUCAGAUUGUGGAAAACGCGGGAAUCAAGAAAGAAUCAAGUAAAAGACACGGUAUGGACAAAACUGCCCUUGUGACCUCAUUUGAGCCUGAUAAACUUAUCGACUAUGUAAGACUACUCGCAAAGUCUCCAUAUGAUGAAAAUGACAAAAUGGACCUUGUCAUGGCUAAAGCUCAGUUGUUAUCAUGUGCACGUUACAAAGGGUAUCGCCAGCUGUCCGAGUUUCAGUUCUGUGGAACUUUAUUGGAAGAUUCUUCUGAAUUGACCCAAGGGGCUGACCAAGUCAUCAAGAAAGAGAGAAUCUUCUCAGAUUUAAAAGUAGAUCCAACAUACUACCCUGGAAACAACGAAGAAGGUUCUAGAAAACGAAAGGCUUCAGAUUCCAAUUCCAAUUCCAAUUCCGAUGUUUCGGUUCCAGAGAAACGACCAACUCUGGAAACAGUAACUCCAAGCCCUAAACCCUCUUUCAAAGUUGGUGAACUCAUUCAAAGAGUGGCAAACCAACUGAGUGACAAAAACGUUGAACCUGUUGACCAAACAGUUGGACUUUCUCAUUCUGUUCAAAGUCCGGUCAACAUGGUCAACCCGGUCAACCCCCAAGCAAAUCUUCCCGAAAUGUUAUCACAACUCCAGUUAACUGCUCAAGAUCCAAUGAAAGGGUACACCUUCUUGAACACUAUAAUCCCUUUUUUUUAUAGCCACAGAGCUGCAGUUUUUUCCAAGUCUUUAAAGCAAAAUUCAUCUACUCCUGGAAGGGUUAAUAACGAGACUAGAAAGAGAAAGCCAUCGAACGAAAAUGAUCCGGAAGAUUUCGAGUUUGAUGAUGUUAAUGAUUCGUAUUGGACGGACAGGAUCAUCCAGAACCAUCCAGAAGAUUUGCAGCUGCAACCCACAGUGGUGGUGCAUGAUAACAACCAAAACGGAGGUGUGGAGCAUCCACACCAGAUUGUGGCCUAUGAAGAGAAACAAAAACCUGUGAAACAAAGCCGUAGGUCGAAUAAAAAACGGUUUUUUAGCAGCAAUCAUGAGAUUGAAGCAAAGGAGCAAUCAGAGCUUAUUGAGAGAAGAAGGUUAAAUUUGGCAACUGAGGUUUUAAUGAAGUUUACAGAGGGGAUUUACUUUCCUUCUGAGAUACAUUUGAAUAAAAUGUUUAGAAGAUUUGGGCCUUUAAUGGAAUCAGAAACUGAAGUUGAUAGACAAAGUGGUCGUGCUAGAGUUGUUUUUAAAAAAUGUUCUGAUGCUGAAGUUGCUCAUAGUAGUGCUGGAAAAUUUAACAUCUUUGGUUCCAUUGUUGUAAAUUAUGAGCUUAAUUAUACUCCAUUGAUUUCUUACAAGCCUUUGCCUCUUCCAUUGGCACAUGAACCAGCCGCGGAUGCAUGCUAGUAGUAAUGGUGAGAUCAUGGGAAGUUGGAUUCAUACAAAGAAAGCAAUGAAAACAUCAUUAUACAAUUAGAGACUUGAGUGGGAAUCAGGUUCAUCAAAGUGGUUGGGUGUAACGGAUAUUGGUAAUGAUGUUGCAGAUAUGGAUGUAAGUUAUUUAGAGAAGUAAAGUAGGAAGGUUAAAUGUAUGAUUUUCUUGUUGCCUUGAAUAAGAUAAGGUAUUAGGUGAAGAAACUAAACUUUAUUCUAGAUUAGUUUUUAGUUUUUUUAGCAUGAGUUGUUAUUUAUAAGUCUGCUAAAAAUCCCAUUUAAUUACUGUUGUGUUGUGAUGGAUUGUAUCUUGUGGAAAACAUGUGGCUUUUCUUUGGUCCAGGGAAUAUAGGGUGGGUUGUUUCUUUU